GCGUGUCUUCUACUAGAGAACUUUGGCCACAGCUUGUUCCCAGCUUAGUCAAGACAACGACCAUGGACAGUGAGCAGGCCACAGAGAAGCAUCCGGGUCCUGAGUUUGAGGAAGACAGGAAGGAUAAUAGCUUGUUCCUGCUGGGAGAGCUGAAAGUGGCCAGUAAGAUGGGGGCGUCCACUAAAGGUCACUGGUCAGUAGAAAGCUCUGAACUGCUGAACCCAACACAGCCCAGGUGUCUGUCAGAGAUCAGGGCUGGUCUUGGUCUUGUCACAGCUCCGUCCACCAUCACAGGGCAGCGAAGCACAAGGAUCACCGUACAGUGCUGUCCUGACUCAGAAAUAAGAUCUUGGGUCCAGUUCCCAGCCAAGACUCUGUGCCUAGUCAUACGCCAAGUCCCAGAGGUUCUGGACCCCUCAUCUAAAGGAACACAAGUGGACCGGCCCUUAAAACCCGCAGGCUGUACGCCCCAGCCAACACUUCCUCGUACCCAGUUUACCCUGUGCUUCUCUCCCAUGCCCUCCUCCAUGCUCCUCACUUCCGACCUCCCGGUCCACGGAUCCUCGCGUCAGGUACCUCCCGCACCCCACCCGUGUCUACCCGCGCUGUCGCCCGUUAAAGGCCGGUGCUGCUUUCCAAGGGGCCGCAUCCGCCUCUGCGUCCCGCAGCGGAACCCGAGGCACAGAGGAAAGACGCCCAGUCGGAAAGGCUGCACACCGGUGGUCCAUCCGGAAGUGUGCCCCCCAUCGGGAUCCCCAGAGGCCCCAGCGCUGGUCCGCCACGCACCCACCUGCCGUAGAACCGCUGCGGCCAUGAUCCGUGCAGACCGUAACUGUGCCCGCCUGGGGCGCGGCCUGCUAAAGGCAUUCCGGCCCCGCCCUGCUCACUCCCCCUCCCGCACAUGGCUGCUCUCUGCGGGCCUCACUUCUGCCAGGCCUUUCUGAGUAUAGGACCUCAGGGACCCAGCUCUGCUGCAAAGAACAUAGGCUGGAACAGUCCAGAACUGGCAUGCACUCGCUCACUCCUGGCCUCCUCCUGCUCGGCCCCAGCCAGGCGAGCUUUGGCUCGGUUUGCUUUUGCAGUACUUAGGUACUAAACCCGUGGCCUCCUGUAUGUUAGGGAAGCGCUCUAACCACCGAAGUAACAUCUCCUUUUAAAAAAAAAAAAAAAAAAAAUUAUAUUGCUGGGUGUGAUGGAGUACGCCUUUAAUUUUAGCACUUUGGAGGUACAGGCAGGAGGAUUUCUGUGAGUUCAAGGCCAUCCUGGUCCACCUAAGGAGGUCCAGGCCAGUCAGGGCUGUAUAGUGAGACAAUGUCAAAACAAAACAGAACAAACUGGGCUUAGAAAGAGGGCUCAACAGUUAGAAGCACUGGCUGCUCUUCCGGAGCACUGGGUUUGGUUCCCAGCACCCACACAGUGGCUCACAACUGAAACUCCAGUUUCAACGGAUCCGUAGACCUCUUCUGAACUCCACAGGCACGAGGCAUGCAUAUGGUAAGCUUAUAUGUAUGCAGGCAAUACACUCAUACGCAUAAAAUAAAAAUGUGAAAAGAUUUUCUAAAAAUAAAAGAACAAAAACAUG